AUGCCAACAUCGGACGAAGGAUUCACCUGGACUGCCAAAGGCGGUUUUCAGUAUGGAAUAACCACUGAGGCUGUUGUCCCAUCUACCCCACCGUCAGGCCUCUCUUUCAGAUAUGAUGUGAUUGUUAUCGGUGCGGGAUUUGCCGGUCUCACUGCCGCCGGCGACCUUGCUUUUAGAGACAAAAAGGUGCUCCUCGUUGAAGCUCGAGAUCGUAUUGGAGGUCGUUGUUGGACUGCAGAGGUAGGAGACGCUACCAAGAUGGAGCUUGGUGGCACAAGGGUGCAUUGGCAACAACCACAUGUAUUCAGCGAGCUGCAACGAUAUGACCUCGCCAAUUUUCAGGAAACUGUGGCGUUUCCUGAGAACGGUGAGUUCGUGGUCAAGGAAUCGCGGUCUCACCCUGCUAGAGUGCAGGGUUCUGCGGAAGGACAAGACAUGAUGGAGCAACUAGAAGGACUGAUGGAGAAGUUCUUUGAUGUUGAUGGGCAAGGCGGGCGCAGUGUAAUCCGAUUCCCGUUUAGUACGGCUUCAAGUGUCGAACAGAGUCCGGACUACCUCGAACUGGAUAAACUCAGCCUAGCGGAUCGUAUUUCACAGCUUGAUGGUUGCGGCCAGGAGGAAAGGUCGAUGCUUAGCGCGCAUACCGCUUCUUUCUAUGGCGUCUCGCCGGAAAAGGUUUCCUUUGCCGAAGUGCUUCAUACCCAUGCAUUAUGCAACUCUGAUCCUGCCAUGAUGGAGAUAGCCACCAUGAAAUACAAGAUCGCACGAGGCACCACGGCCUUCGCGCGCGCAAUCCUUGAUGACUACCAGAAAGCCCGGAUCUUUGGUUCUCCUGUGACAUCAAUCACUCAGACAAGUGGAGAAUUUCCCGAUUAUCCUGUUACUGUCACCCUGGAAGAUGGAAAUCAGUUUGUGUCCAAAUUCGUCAUCUCGACAAUCCCCAUCAACGUGAUCUCAUCCAUCACCUUCGAAGACACCUAUCGAGUCACUAGAGACAUAUUGCGACAGAACUAA